AUGGGCGAUCCUGAAGCAGAUCGAGAGAAGGCAAUGGCAGCCGUGAGGGCCAUGUUCGAGAGGUACAACCUUAUUGCAGCGCAGAGGCCGAAGGAUCACAUCGUGAGUAUGGGAAUCGCUUUUGGAAGUCAGCGAUGCUUACGCGACCAGGACUUUGACCGCGAGGUCAUGGAGAGCAUGAAGGUUGUAGAUGCUGGCUUGGAUGGUUCAGUCGCAUUCGAAAUGACCAUAGGGCCCAACUUCUCCAAUCUGAAUAAUGUGAUGCACGGCGGUGCGGCAGGUGUCAUCUUCGACAUGUCCACAACCACAGCACUAUGCCCACUUGCACGUCCAGGCUUCUGGGAAUUCAUGGGAGGAGUGACACGAUCACUCAACAUUUCUUACCUGAAAGCGGUUCCAAUCGGCACCACAGUGCGCUUGAACAGCAAAGUUGCUGGCGUAGGCAAGCAGAUGGCCAUGAUCCGUGGAGAUAUGAAGAGUCUAGACGGAAAGACGACGUAUUGCACUGUAGAGCACCACAAGGUCAAUGUGCCCAUAUUACCGGAGCACGCAAAAGUCCGGAUACCGUGGGAUGAUGUGUUUGAGAGGGAAUGGAACAAAAACGGGGCUGUCAAAAGCAAGAUAUAG